GAGAAAGGAAGACGCCUUGCUGCCCCAGCCCCCGGCCCCCUGGGGGCUGAUGGGUGGCCAUGGAUCUGUACCUCAGCAACUGCUAUAAGGCUGCCCAAGCCGCCGCCACUAAGGCGGCUGCCAGCAGCCUAACUGUCAAGAGGGAAAAGUGCGACACUCUUUAUCAAUCUUCUUAUGAUUUUAACCUGACUGAUCCUUAUGGUCGACUUUUGGAAACCAGCUAUAAAAGCCUGCAUGAUCCACACUUAAAAGCAUACUACAAGCGAAAAGAUAUCCUGAGGAGAUUAAGGAAAGGCGGCUACAUCACCAGAAAUAAUAAAGUUGUAUGUACCUUGAAGGAAUUGAAUAAAUACAGGCAGUAUCUGACCAGUUUAAAACUAGACUUUGAAAGAAACUAUAUAAGAAAACAAACAAUGAUUAAAAAUCAAGUAAAUAAAUUGUACGAAACCAAGAGAGCCUAUGAAAAUUAUGAAAAUGCACAGUUCCAAAAAUGGCUGUUACAGGAAAGUCCAAGAGUAACACCAGAUGAAGAGCUGUUAAUAAAGAACAGAUAUGUAGAUAUGAUUAGUAGGGAAUUAGACAAGGUUGAGCACAUGGCAGAAGAGCAAAGUGCACUCCAGAUGAAGGAAGAAGAAAGACGACAUCGGGACCACAUUAAAAGAAAACUUAGACUCCGAAGACAAAUUGAGGAGGAAUGGAAGAAAAAAGAAAUGUUACUUCUGUCAAAGAUUGAAGAAGAAGUAAAAAGAAAAGCAAGAGUUGAGGAACAACGUCGAAAAACCAGACAAGAAACUCACCAGAAGAAACAAGGACUUCUAGAGAAAAAAAUCGCUUAUCAUUUACAAAAAAUGCAAAUGAAUGAGCUUAAGAAAGUAAAACAGGUGGGAAUUACAUUUGAAAGCAAAGGACAAGAUGAAACAGAAGUUUCUUCUGCUCAAAUAAAGAAAAUGAGUGAUGCUACCAGUGACCAGAAAUUUCACCAUGGACAAAAACGAUCAACUCACCAUUCUCAUGGUUUUGUAAAGCUUCCUGCCAAAAAAUCAACCUCAUCACCUCCUCGGCAUGACGUACAGAGUAACACACCAGAACAAAAGAAAGAUAAAGAAAUGACUAAAACAUCACACCCUUUACAUUAUGGAGGAAUUAAAAGUACCUCAUCUCAAGCUCCAGAUGGUGCUGAUAAAACAAAAGAUGUCCCCAGACACUCUCCACAGGAUAUUCUGCAACAAGAGGCAAUGUCUAUGGGUUGCGCAGAGACAGCCGUGCUGCCUCACCCUAUCCCCUUCAUGACCAGUGAUCAGAUGCUGGAAAGUUGGCAGCAGGCAUUCAGCGUGCAGCCUCUGGUCACAACAUAG